AUGUUUGGAGGAGGAAAUAUUACAGAGGUCACCUACUUCAUCCUGCUGGGAUUCUCAGAUUUUCCCACAAUCCUAGAAGUGCUUUUUCUCAUAUUCCUGUUUAUCUACAUUAUGACUCUGACCUGGAACCUAAGCCUCAUUGUUUUGAUAGGGAUUGAUCCUCACCUCCAUACACCCAUGUAUUUCUUCCUCAGUAACCUGUCUUUUGUAGAUGUCUGCUAUGUCACCUCUACAGUCCCCAAGAUGCUCUCCAACUUCUUCCAGAAGCAACAAACCAUCACCUUUGUGAGUUGCAUUCUGCAGGACUUUAUCUUUUCAACGAUGGGACUGAGUGAGUCUUGCCUUAUGAUGGCCAUGGCUUAUGACCGUUAUGCUGCCAUUUGUAAGCCAUUGCUCUAUUCAUCAAUUAUGUCUCCCAUCCUGUGUGUCCGGAUGGUGUUGGGAGCCUAUGUGGCUGGAUUUUUUGGUACUUUAUCCCUAUCGUGUUCUUUGCUUCAGCUCCACUUCUGUGGGCCUAAUGUCAUCAGACACUUCUUCUGUGAUAUGCCCCAACUGUUAAUGCUAUCCUGCACUGACACUUUCUUUGUGCAAGUCCUGACUGUUAUAUUAACAAUGAUCUUUGGGAUAGCAAGUGUCUUAGUUAUCUUGAUAUCUUAUAUCUAUAUUGUCAUUUCCAUUUUGAAAAUCACUACAUCUAAAGGCAGGUCCAAGGCAUUCAACACCUGUGCUUCUCAUCUGACGGCUGUUUCCCUCUUCUAUAUCUCAGCUAACUUUGUCUAUUUCAGUUCCAGCUCUGGUGGUUCCUCUAGCUUUGACAGAUUUGCAUCAGUCUUCUACACUGUGGUGAUUCCCAUGUUGAAUCCCUUGAUUUACAGUCUAAGGAACAAGGAAAUUAAAGAUGCCUUGAAGAGGUUGCAGAAGAAGACAGUGUACCGCUAA